AUGAACGGAAUCAGAAUAAUUAAAAAUGUCAAUUUGCAGUGGCGGUCUUUAUCAAGAUGUUCUGUUCUUCGGCAGGAGGUAACACAAACAGUCACACCUCUGACUAUCCCAGUUCCUGAAGGCGUAGAUAAACCUGUUUCGCCUAAAAUCGAGAAGAUCGUCUCCGAAAUUACUAAUUUAAAUCUCUUGGAAGUAUCAGAGCUGAGUCAAGUAUUAAAAAAGAGGUUGAACCUGCCCGACGCUCCAAUUAUGCCAAUGGGCGGAUUCGCAAUGGCUCCAGCGGCUGCUGUUGAUGAAGAAGAGGCAGCCCCGAAAGCUGUGAAGACCAGUUUUACAGUUAAAAUGACGAAAUUUGAUGACAAACAAAAAGUGGCACUGAUCAAAGAAGUCAAGGGUCUUCUUGAAGGAUUUAAUUUAGUGCAGGCCAAGAAGUUUGUCGAGAGUGUACCCACAGUAGUGAAGGCAGAUAUUUCUAAAGAUGAAGCCGAGAAACUAAAAGAGGCAUUAACCAAAGUUGGAGCCAUUAUAGAAAUUGAAUAGUCAUAGAUAUAAGUUGCAUUUAGUUGAUAAUAAUAAUAAUUUUGUUUCAUUAGUUGUCAAUAUUAAAAUAUAUAUUAUGUGAAAAUA